UACCCUUGUAUUUAUAUCAAGUGCAUGUGUUUCAUGGAAUCAGCUGAUCACAGAAUGCCGUUCGCGCUAAUCGUUCUCUGAUCAUUUCUUAUGAUUGGAAUAACCUCGUAUUUUUUGUGUGCCCGUAUGUUAGUAUUAUACGCCUCAAAUAAUUCUUGUAAGCAAGAUUAUAACAUGUGAAAGAGACGUGUCGGCCAGUGAUGAGAUAGUUAGCGACCAUUAUACUAACAAUAAGUGUCGAAAGUGACAAUAUUUUUGCAACAUGCUCUGCGUACGCAAGAUCCUAAACAUUGCGCAGCGGAAUCUGCAAGUACGUAUCAAAGUUGAUACAGUCUAUAAAAGCUCAGGAAUACUGCUACAAAAUAUUAUUUGUCGUUUGAAUCACGACUCCGAAGAAUACAUAUCUGCUGAGGAUGAGGGGCAGCAGGAUGCGUACUCUGAGAUCGCCAGUCGUUAUUUGAGCAUUGCAGUUGGUGGACAUAGAACAUUUAUUUUACAACCCUAUAUAAAAUGGGGUAGAGAUAAAAAGAGGAACACCUCGCCAGAACUACAAAUGGCUGAAGCUGUGGCACUAAUAAACACUCUACCUAACUGGUGCGUAGUCGGAACGAAGUACGCCCCGUUACUUACGUUGCAGAAGAAACAAUUGCUGGGUACUGGCGCGAUGAAGGAUUUAAAAACGGAGUUACACAAAUGCCAACCGACUGCCGUAUUUAUUAGCACCAAUCUACUGAAAUUCGUCCAAAUCAUCGAAUUGGAAAAGAUUUUUAAUCUACCGGUGUACGACCGUUAUUCCAUAGUCAUCCACAUAUUCCGCGAGCACGCGAAGACCGCAGAAGCAAAAUUGCAGGUAGCCUUAGCGGAGAUACCAUAUAUCCGGAAAAAAAUACUUGAAACAAGCAUUACCCGCAGUGGCGCGGUAAACAUGACGGAGGAGGCAAAACUGUUACUCGAUGGCAAAGAGAAAAAAUUGAAAAACGAAUUGAAAAAGCUAAAGCAGCAUCGACAAACUAUCAGAAGCCAGCGUAAGAAACGCGGCUUCCCCACGGUUGCUGUAGUCGGUUACACGAACGCAGGAAAAACCUCCUUGAUAAAAGCUCUCACGGAUGACAGUUCUCUACAACCUAAGGACAAAUUAUUCGCAACCCUUGAUACGACCGCGCAUCAAGGCAUUUUACCCAACAAGUUAAAAGUUUUGUACAUGGAUACUAUUGGAUUCAUUCAAGAUGUGCCGGAAACUUUGAUUGAACCAUUUAUUGUUACCUUAGAAGAUGCCAUAAUUGCUGACGUGAUAGUUCACAUAUACGAUGUCAGUCAUCCGGAUAUGAAGGCGCAAUAUCAACACAUUCAGGAGACGAUAAAACCUAUGUUGGACGAUCGUCCAAUAAUCGACGUCGCUAAUAAAUGCGAUCUUGUUGAAAGCGACUAUAUACCCAAGGACGCAAUUGCUGUCUCCGCUAAGAAUUUAACAGGAAUCGAUUUGUUGCGCUUCAAGAUACAAGAGGUCCUUUUAGCCACCACUGGACUAUUAAGCAUACGCGCGAGGGUAAAAUCGGGCAGUUCCGCGGCCAGCUGGUUGUACAAGAUGACGACCGUGAUAAACGCCGAAUCAGAUCCGAACGAUGCUCAGUAUUUAAUUAUGGAAGUGCUCACCACUUCGGUCGAUAUUCAAAAGUUUAAAAAAUUUCUAGCAACAAAUAAUUUAAAGCAAUAAAACAUUUUAUAUCAUACAGUA